CCGGAAGUUGCGUAAAGCGGGAAGAUUUGGAAAGCGUAAACAAAGGUGCCGACUUCGUUUCUGUGUCUGAUUUCACUCCGAAACGCAAACCAAGAUGUUAAACAAAGCCCCAAAAUUAAAAAGUACAAUCAGAGCAAAAGCGAAAGGCCACAUAAACAUGGGACCUGCGUCAGAAGCGAUGAUUGAAUUGCUCACGUUGCUGUUCUUGAACAGCCUGGCUGAAGAGGCAAAGGCUAAAGCCUUUGAGGAGAGAUCAGCAACGAUCCGGGGUCAUCAUGUUAGAGCCGUCUCAAAGAAAGUUUUGAAAAAGGCAAGAGGAUGAAGACAACAAAGACGUCUCAACGGACAACAGUGCUUUUUGCUUUUCUCCCAUUUUAAUUUUUCUGUUUUAUAAACUUUGUUAUCCAUUUUUCCUUUUUAGAAGUUUUCCAAUGCAAAGUUACUUUGAUUUUUUUUGUUUUUAUAUGUACUUAUGUAAGUGAUUGCAAAGCCUUUUUUGAAACCGUAGAUAACAAAAUAAAACAUAGAAAGCUCAUUCAUUUGUCUGUAGAUGAUGUAAAUAUGCAUUGGGCCGCGUUCGACUGCUCCAUCACGGUUUGCAUCUUCAGCUGCAUGCUUGGCAAACUCUUUGAAUUCCUCACCUUUUCACGCCCUGCAGAUCCUCCGCGCUCCAGAUCACAUCCUGCUGGUUGUCUCUGCAGGGUCUCCGCACUGCCAGAUAUUUGCAUGCUAAACUCCUGACAACACUGCGCUGCAAUAAAUUCAUCUGUUUGCAAAA